AUGGCGCACGCGGCGGAGGGGGAGAAACCACGGGAGGAGGAGCAGGAGCACGAGGAGGUGAUCAUCGUCGGGGCGGGCCCGUCGGGGCUGGCGGCCGCCGCGUGCCUGUCCCUGCGCGGGGUGCGGAACCUCGUCCUGGAGCGCGACGACUGCGUGGGGUCGCUGUGGCGGCACCGCACCUACGACCGCAUCCGCCUCCACCUCGCCAAGCAGCACUCGGCGCUGCCGCACGCGCCGCACGGCCCCGCGGCGCCGACCUACCUCCCGCGCGACGACUUCGUGCGCUACCUCGACGACUACGCCGCCCGCUUCGGCGUCCGCGUGCGGCUCCGCCGCGAGGUCCGCGAGGCCCGCUUCGACGAGGCGCGGGGCGCGUGGCUCGUCGAGGCCGUCGACCACGCCACGGGGCUGGUGGAGCGCUACGCCGCGAGGCACCUGGUGGCCGCCGCCGGGGAGAACGACGAGAAGGUGCUGCCGGAGGUGCCGGGGCUGGACGGCUUCCCCGGGAAGGUGAUGCACGCCUGCGAGUACCGGACGGGCAAGGGGAUGGAGGGGAAGGCGGUGCUCGUCGUCGGGUCCGGCAACUCCGGCAUGGAGAUCGCCUACGACCUCGCCGAGGCCGGCGCCGCCACCUCCAUCAUCGUCCGCAGCGAGCUUCACCUUGUGACCAAGGAGAUCUGGAACGUGGCGAUGACGCUAUACAGGUACCUGCCGCUGUGGCUGAUCGACCGGAUCGUGCUCUUCAUGUGCAGCGUCGUGUUCGGGGACACCUCCCGCUACGGCCUCCGCCGGCCCGCCAUUGGGCCCUUCUCCAUGAAGAUCCACACCCCAGCCUACCCUGUCGUCGACGUCGGCACCUACGCCAAGAUCAAGACCGGCGAGAUCCAGGUCCUGCCGGCGAUGAAGGCUGUGCACGGGAACGUCGUGGAGUUCGCCGACGGCAAGCGGCACCCGUUCGAUGCCAUCGUCUUCGCCACCGGCUACCGGAGCACAACCAAGAAGUGGCUCAAGAGUGACGAUGGGCUGAUCGGCGAGGACGGGAUGGCGCGGCGGAGCUUCCCGGAGCACUGGAAGGGGGAGAACGGCCUCUACUGCGCGGGGAUGGUGAGGAGGGGCCUCUACGGGAGCUGCGAGGACGCCGAGUCCAUAGCCGAGGACAUCAGCAAGAAGAAGAAGAAGCCACACCAAGCCUGA